AUUGUAUCAAUAUUUACAUGUCGGCAUAAUAAAGGGAAUUCAUUUGGAUGAAGUCCAAAUGAUAGUUACAUGUUAAGAAACUAUUUAUUUUUUUACCAUAGAUUUUAAUUCCACGAUUUGUGAAGGAUAUUCGUAGAUAAUUUUUAGCGUCUUGUGUUACCAUGAUACCUUUACGAAUCUUUCUGUUCUUGGCAAUCAGCGCAGUGGGAGUGCUUGCAGGAUCCAAGUGCCCUCCUCGAGUAGAUAUAUACCCUUGCACCUGCAUCAACACGAAAUUGAGUAGGAGACAGGCUAAUACAAUUCUCAUUUGCCAAGGUCUGAAGAAGACGGAUGAGUUGAGUGCAAUUCUCCCGAUUCUUAAAAAUUUAGAGAUUGAUAAAUUCAUCAUUUAUGAUUCUUUCUGGGAAGUCCAAAAACUUGGAGCAGUCGGUGAAAGUCAAAGUGUACUACCUAAUGAUUGGCUUACACUGACUAAUAUCAAAGAAUUUGAGAUAUUCGACAGUACACUCUCUCCUUGCUUUGCCUGCCGUUGGACACUCAUAUGCAGAAAUACUGUUACAACUAGUUUCAAAGUGGUUAACAGUUCAUCUUCAGAAAAUAUCUGCACAAUUUGUGAUACCGGCAGAGGCAGUAGAAUACCAUGGAUGGGAUGCAUAACCAAACUGGAAAACUUUCAGCUAAGUCAGGGUGGACUUACAUCAGUGACCGUGGAUUUUUUUCCAUUAAUGCUGAGAGAGUUGAAGACUUUGGAUUUGUCUUACAAUCGAAUUUCUAAAAUCGAUGAUAAUGUAUUCCGCAAUGUUCCCAAUCUAAAAUCUCUUGAUUUAUCUCAUAACGCGAUCGAGAAUAUCGGUCUUUCUUUUGGACAAAGAACUAAGUUGGAGUAUCUUGAUCUCAGUUACAAUGCUCUUAAAACAAUCGGAGCAGAUCUAAUAAAUAUGAUGCCAAAGAUUAAAUCUAUUAAUUUUGCAUACAAUGCAAUUACAGAACUAAAAGCCACUGAAUGGAGAAGAAAGCCAAAUACUCUUCAUAAAAUCGAUCUUACAGGAAACUUGAUACACUGUGACUGCAACAUAAGGUGGUUGAACGCCACGUUCUCAGUUGGUGUCAAUAUUAUUGGACAUUGUGCCAGUCCAGAUGAGUACCAGCAAUCUCGCAUCAGGCCUGCAUCCCGGCACCUAAUCGAACGAUGUGACGCCAACGGCGUCAUUGGGCAAAGACCGAAGAAAAAUUAGUUUGGAAAAUAAAUAUGUAUCAUAUAUAA